AUGGCAAUCGAUGAAUUCGGCCGGGAAGUUCCUGGUAGCCGAGGGCAUAGACGAUCUCCAUCGCCUCCUCGCUAUGGUGACGAUGGGACUCCUUCCCAUCUCAACGAGGCUCUUCCAACAUCUCGAUAUGGAAGAGAACGAGAUGAGCGUCCACCUGGUCGCAAACGGAAGCACCGAUCUGAAUCUCCUCCUCCACGUCGGAAACAGAGUAAAGUUCACCCGUCCACUCUAUACGCAGAGGAGCCAAUGCUCUGUCAGUAUUUGUGGAAAGAAGCGAAUCCAGGCAAGGGUGAGGAGGAAUACGAUGAUUAUAGAAGGGGCUACUGCCUAAACUAUGUGCGUACCUUUUUCAACGAGCAUAUGGACGACUCGUGGUUUCGAUCGUUGUACAGUCCUCUUGGAAUUUACCGAGUAGCAUUUCAGGAACAACAUAGGAUGAUUCAAGAAGCUCAGACAUUUGCACGUCAACUGAGGGAAUCUGUAGGCAAGAAAAAUGCAGAAUCUGACCGUUCCAUUUUCGUCUUGAAUGCAAGGCUUGGCGGGGGUGUGAAACCGACCUCAUCCUACUCCUCUUCGCCGUCGAAAAGUAACUCCAAUGGAGGCAGUGUACCCUCUACACAUGUUUUCAGCACGUCUGCUCACGUCAUGCAAAUCCAAGAAGUUCCACCACACGUUACGGACGAGCAACUCACGGCUGCUUUGAUGAGCCAUUGUACUAAUGACGCGAAACUAUCUGAAAUUGUCUUAUACUCCUCCACACCAGCUCAGGAUCUUACCAGGUCUUGCUUUCUCCAAGCAACGCGUGACAUAAGAAAGGAUAUUAUCCAAAAUCUUAAUCAUUUGGGACGCACAGAGUCCAAUCAAAACGGUGCCGCAGAUGGGGCCCACGUACCAAGAAAAGAGGACACAUACAUGCCUAAGACUUUGGAACUAGAAGUUGAAUGCAGUGAUGCAUAUGGUCGAUUGGAAAUGGACGCAGAUGGGAAAGGAACUUUACCGAAAGAGGGCGGGUGUGUUCCAGCAAAAAAUGCAGUUGUCUGGGUCUCUACGCAACCCAUUAUGCCGGCAGUAAAGGUUUUGUCUGUGGCAGUGUCUUCAAGGGCACGAAUUCAGCAAGACAAGGAUGCUGCAAUCGAACUGGCAAAUGCCUUUGACCACAAGAGGGAUGUUCCUCGAGACUGCCGCCUAGGAGUUCUGUUGCGAAUCGCUCUUCCAAGAUUGCAAGGUAGUGAUCUUACCCUGCAAGACACAGAAGAUGCAUUGGAUCUCUCUAUUGCGUACUUGAGGCGGGUACACCUUUUUUCAUUCUACAAUGGAUGUGUUGCAGCUUCCAAUAUUUCUGAUGUCUUUCGUGGAAACAACGCAACAUCUACCAUUCACUUGCGUCUUGCCAACGCAGAUAUUAUUCUUGAGCAAACACAAAACCCGGGGUCUACAGCCAAGCAAGAGCAAAGUCCUAAAGUGGAUCUACUCGUGCAACAUUUGAAUGAUGCCAUUGAAAAUGCGUUGGAAGAAUCCAAAUCGUGGGAUUCAAGUGGGCCAGCGUAUCUCGUCUCCACGGAAAUUGAUAGUCAAGCGAAGGAUAUUGAGAAGGACGAAGCUCGUACUGAAGACGUUUGGAUCAAGAAUCACGCAGUGAUUGAUAGCGAUGGUCGGGCCCGAUGUUCUUUUCACUUCUGUCGCAAAUUGUUUAAAGAUAUCACCUUUCUCAAAAAGCAUUUGCUGAAAAAGCAUCCCGAAUUUCUCAAAGCGGAAAGAGCAAAGUCCCACGAUACUUACAUGAUGGAAUCAUGGGAUAAACAGGAACAGCGACCAGUUCCGCCCAUAUUGGUAGAUUGUGGGCGUGUCUUUUCGACCGUACCAAGUCGCGUGUUGGGCGCUGUUGAACCAAUGGCUGCUGAUCCAGAGCCAGAGUUGUGGAAGCGUCAAGAAGAGCGGCGAAAGCAGGACGAGGGGGGAAAGGCUAGGUACGAACGGAAUUACGACAAUCACAAUCAAUUGAGCAACCACGGCGGCCCUCCUGCUGCAUUAAAUCAACCCUUGUUGGAACCCCGAGGUCCCCGGCAAAAUGGGUUCUUGGACGUGGAUGACAUGCACGAAGAAAAGGUCGAGAUGGCAUUUGAAGAUGUUGAAGUUCAAGUAAAGCCACCGAAAAAGAAGAAGAAAAAGCUGCUAUAG